UGGCCCCAUGUGGGCUUACAUCUUGGCCCAUGAGAAUGCUGUCCCGCUCUGGAGAUCCCUGAUGGGACCCACCAAAGUAUUCCGAGCCCGAAACAGUGUCCCAGACUCCAUCCGAGGAGCUUAUGGCCUCACCGACACCAGGAAUACCACUCAUGGUUCAGAUUCACCAGCAUCUGCCAGCAGAGAAAUUGCCUUUUUCUUCCCAGAGUUCGACGAGCAGCUCUGGUACCAGCAGGAAGAGCCACAUCUGCGCCGAGGGCAGGUGUAUUACAAUGCAGAGGAGCGUGUCCACUGUGUGUUCAGGGAUGAAGAGGCAGAGUUGACCUGA